CUUCCGCCCACCCUCCUCCUCCCCUCCCCGCACCCCCCCCUCCCAACGGCAAAAAAACAUCCCCCCUUUUCUAUUAAUUCUCUCCAAAGUUGCCGUUUUUGAUUUUUUUCCCAUUAAUUCUCUUCUCUUUCCUUUGGCAUUCCACCGAUUCCGAGUGGUGAGCUGCCUUCCUGCUGGAUUUCCGCGUCCGGAAUGUAACUGAUCGGGAAAGCCGUGUGAAUCUUUCCCCUUUUGUUCCUCCAUCUUAAUCCAAAAUUUCGGAUAAACACCCAAAAUUACUUCCAAUUUUUGCAAAUAAUUCGAUAAAUGCGAGUUCUUUGGGUUUGAUGCGCAGUAAUUGGUCUGAAGGAGUGGAGUUUUUAGCCGGUGGGCGCAUCGGAGGAGGGGAGGGCGGAGUCAUGGCGGCGAAGGCAGCGGGGAAUCAGAUGGUGCCGCUGGCGGUGCUGCUAAAGAGGGAAUUAACGAGCGAGAAGAUCGAGAAGCCGGAAAUCUUGCAUGGGCAAGCGAGCCAGAGAAAGAAGGGAGAGGAUUUCACCCUGAUCAAGUCCGACUGCCAGCGCAUUCCCGGUGACGGCGUCACCACCUUCUCGGUCUUCGCUCUAUUUGAUGGGCACAAUGGGUCUGCAGCUGCUAUAUAUGCUAAGGAAAAUCUCUUAAAUAAUAUUUUAUGUGCCAUUCCAUCAGAUCUUAGUAGGGACGAGUGGCUGGCAGCUCUACCGAGAGCUUUGGUUGCAGGGUUUGUUAAAACAGAUAAAGAUUUUCAAACUAAAGAACAUACCUCAGGAACAACUGUGACAUUUGUAAUUAUAGAUGGGCGGGUUGUAACUGUGGCAUCAGUUGGUGAUUCACUUUGCAUACUUGAAUCUGCUGAAGGUUCAAUUUAUUAUCUGUCUGCAGAUCACAGGCUAGAAGUGAAUGAAAAGGAGGUGGAACGUGUAACAGCAAGUGGAGGUGAGGUUGGGAGACUAAAUAUUGUUGGUGGUGUAGAGAUUGGUCCCCUCAGGUGUUGGCCAGGUGGCUUGUGUUUAUCAAGAUCAAUUGGAGAUAUGGAUGUGGGUGAAUUUAUUGUUCCUAUUCCUCAUGUGAAGCAAGUAAAGCUAUCAAAUGCUGGUGGUCGACUUAUCAUCUCAAGUGAUGGCGUAUGGGAUGCUUUGACUUUUGAAAUGACUCUUAAUUGCUCACGUGGCCUGUCAGCAGAUGUUGCAGCGAGUCAGAUUGUUAAGGAAGCUGUACAAGUCAAAGGACUACGAGAUGAUACUACCUGCAUUGUAGUUGAUAUAUUACCUCUAGAAAAGGUAACUCCUACUGUUCCACUACCAAAGAGGCAAGGGAUAGGGGUAUUCAAACAUAUGUUUCACAGAAAGUCUUGUGAGUCAACAUCUCAUUCAGAUGGAGACUAUUCUGAGCCAGAUGUGGUAGAAGAAAUAUAUGAAGAGGGAUCAGCAAUGCUUGCCAAAAGGUUAGAAGCAGAAUAUCCAAUAUGCAACUUGUUCAAGCUUUUCAUAUGUGCGGUUUGCCAGGUAGAGAUGAAACCUGGUGAGGGCAUUUCUGUACAUGCUGGUUUAUCGCAGCCUGGAAAAUUGCAUCCUUGGGAUGGUCCAUUCCUUUGCCAAGGCUGCCAAGAAAAAAAGGAAGCAAUGGAAGGAAAAGGGCCUUCAAGAGAUUACGCAUCUCGAAGGAGUACUGGAAGUGAGUAGUGGUUGCUGUUGGUAGUUUUAGUGAUAGUGCACUUGAUCAUGGCUCAAGCAUUGGUGGCUGAACUGAUGAAACAAUGACAUUUGAAGGUCUCCACUUCUUUUUUCUCCUGUUAAAUGGUAUGAGCAUCAAGUUCUGGACUAACAUGCAAAUUCUGGAGUAGCAGGAAGCAUUUCGUACGGAUAUUUUUAUAGAUGUCCAGUUUUGAGGUGAGGGGUCAAAAUUAGCACUUGAUGUAAAGCUGCUUUAUCAGGCAAGCAAUGUGUUGAUCUUUCCUUUGGAUAGAUCUUGGCAGUGAUACUUUCACCAUUGCCCUUCCUGUCUAAAGGAGGGCCUGAAUAUCUCAAUUCUUUUCUAGGUUCAUUGCCAUGUAAGUGAAUCAUUUUAUAGAGGUAAACUUGAUGACAGUCUACACUGUACUGCUGAUAGGGAUGGUGAAGUUAUGAUUUUUUCCAAGAAAACACUUGAGGGUCCAUGCCUGACUUGCUAAUUGGUUCACCUUAUACAUGAAGUUCCUGAUUUACUUGUUACUAGAUUUGAAGGAUAUUUUUUAGCUUGCUUUUUGAGGGCAUUGUACUUCAAUUGUUUGCUAAAGUAUCACCCAAUGAUUUGCUAAGAAUGUUUUUUGUCCAAA